UUGAAUUAAUGGAUUAUCGAAUUGGAUCAGCAAGUAUGAGUGAUUUAGAAAGUGCAAAAUUGGUUGCCAAGAAACUUUUUGAAACAUAUGAUAGAGAUAGAAAUGGUGUUAUUGAUACAACUGAAACAAUACCUAUGAUUGUUGAUGCAUAUAAAUCUUUUAAUAGAAGUUUCUAACCAACAAGAGGAGAUAUUGAUAGUUAUUCAAAAGUUAUGGAUAGAAAUGGAGAUGGCAAAGUCACUUAUUAAGAUAUAGAAGAACUAUGCAUCAAAUAUUUGUGUCCUCAAUAUUCCUAACAAUCAAGAUAAUAAAAUAAUAAACCAUAAGAUCCUAGAAUUGAAGUAGCAAGAAGAGUUUUUAGAAAAUAUGACACUGAUAAUUCAGGUUUCUUAAAUGUUUAAGAAAUUCAAAAAAUGAUUGCUGAAGCCUAUAGAUCUAUGGGAUUGCCUUAACCAACUUAUAAAGAUAUUUAAGCUUGGUUAGAUGCAGCUGAUACUAAUCAAGAUGGUUUUAUAUCUCUCUAAGAGUUUGAAUAAUUUGUUUUAAAAAGCUUAUGAAAG